UUAAACUUAGAUGGAAUGGAGGGAGUUGGAGGCGACGGUGCCUCAGUUGCAUCACCUGUUCCUGAAUGGGGACAUGAUGCUUGUAGGAUGUAUCAGUAUUGCCUAGAUAAGACCACCCCACAUAUGACUUACAGGUGGAUUGGAACUCUUGUUAUUGUUGUGAUCUACUGUCUACUGGUUUAUUAUGUGCAAGGUUUUUACAUCAUUUCCUAUGGUCUUGGGAUCUAUCUUCUGAAUCUGCUAAUUGGGUUUUUGUCGCCCCUGGUUGAUCCUGAGCUUAAAGUUUCUGAAGGGUCUUUAUUGCCAACAAAGGGUUCAGAUGAAUUCAAGCCUUUCAUCCGCCGACUCCCAGAGUUUAAAUUAUGGUACGCCAUGACAAAGGCUUUUCGCAUAGCAUUUGUUAUGGCAUUCUUUUCUGUAUUUGAUGUUCCUGUGUUUUGGCCUAUAUUGCUUUGUUACUGGAUUGUUCUGUUUGUUCUUACAAUGAGGCGCCAAAUUGCACACAUGAUAACAUACAAAUACAUCCCAUUCAACAUUGGAAAGCAGAAAUAUGGUGGUAAGAAACCUUCAACAAGUGGUGGCGGCCCCCGUGGCGACUGAAGCAUAGCUGAUUCAUAAAUAGAAGGGACCAGAUGUGGGAAAUUGGUAGGCUAUGGGAAAAUUGAUGAUAAUUGAUUUUUUCCCCUUUCAAAGUUCAUAUGGUUCUUAGAUAUAUUUUAAAGUUCAGUUGUGCCUGAGGUAUGCGGGUAUUGUAGAAGUGAAACUUUAAUGUUUAUACUCAUGUUAUGAAGAUUCAAUUUAGAUUUCAAGGUUGUUGGCAAUGCAAUUUGCAGGACCCAACUUCAUGAAAGAUUCAGUGGGAAAAAUUUCAUGUGCUAGUUAUAUCAUAGUGUAAUGUCAGCAAAAUGUUCUUUAAAAGAACUCACUGACAUAUCAGGGAAUAUGCUUAUUCUGUACACUUACAUGCUUCAUGACAUUGCACUUUUACCUUCACCUUGAAUGUGGAAUGGUUUCAACUUA